CCCUGCGGUAAGGAGAGAAGCUGCACCACAAGGUCCAGUGAAGGAGGAAACAACAGAACCGAUCCAACAUGGCGUCAAACGAUUAUUCCCAAACAUCUUCCCAGGGCUAUGGCUCCUAUGGCGGAGGUGGAGGUGGAGGUAGCGGUGGAGGUGGAGGUGCUAACCCGGGCUACGCUCAGUCCUCUGGUCAGAGCUACAGCCAGCAGGGAUACGGAGGCUACAGCCAAGGCUCUGACAGCAGCUCCUACAACCAGGGAGGAUACGGCAGCUACGCUCAGCCUCAGUCAGGAGGAUACGGUUCUCCACCCUCUAACCAGGGAGGGGGUUAUAAUCCUUCCAGUCAGUCCUACAGCUCUGGAGGCUACAGCAGCAGCAGCCAGCCCUCCAACAUGACCUACAACCAGUCAUCCUUCUCUGGUCACAGCCAGCAGCCACCCGCCUCCUCCUCUGCAGGCUACGAAGGGACCUCCCAGGCCCCAGCCUACAACCAGCCACCCAGUGGUGGACAGGCUGGAGGUGGUUACGGGAGCGGUGGGGGUCAGACAGGUGGAUAUGGUGGAAGCCAACAACAACCACCCCAACAUGGAGGAGGUCACUACAACCAGCCUCCGAGCUACAGUUCCCCUCCUCCACAGAGCUACAGUCAGCAGAGCCAGUACGGACAAAGUGGAGGAUACGGAGGCGACAGCCCCCCGAUCAGUGAUGGAGGCUACAGUGGUCCUGACGGAGGUUACGGGGGGCAGGAGGCUCGCGGGGGCCGGGGUCGUGGUGGUGGAUUUGGAGGUCGCGGUGGUGGCGGAUAUGACCGUGGUUUUGACAGAGGUGGGCGAGGUGGACCCAGAGGAAGAGGAGGCAUGGGAAUGGGCGAUCGUGGAGGAUUCAAUAAGUUUGGUGGACCCAGAGACUCGGGACACGGAGGACCCGGCUUCAUGCAGGACCAGGAGAACUCUGACAACAACACCAUCUUCGUCCAGGGCCUGGGAGACGACUACACCGUGGAGUCCGUGGCCGACUUCUUCAAGCAGAUUGGAAUCAUUAAGGUCAACAAGAAGACGGGUCUCCCGAUGAUCAACCUGUACACCGAGCGGGAGACGGGGAAGCUGAAAGGAGAGGCCACCGUCUCUUUUGACGACCCCCCCUCAGCUAAAGCUGCCAUCGACUGGUUUGAUGGUAAAGACUUCAGUGGAAAUCCCAUCAAAGUUUCCUUCGCCACCCGCAGGGCUGACUUCGGGGGCCGGGGGGGGAUGAGGGGGGGUCGGGCACGAGGAGGGCCCAUGGGCCAUGGAGGAUUUGGGGGGGGUCGAGGAGGAGGAGGUUUCCCAGGAGGCAACGGCGGCAACGGCAACGGUGGAGGAGGAGGAGGAGGAGGAGGAGGACAGCAGAGAGCUGGAGACUGGAAGUGCUCGAACCCUACCUGUGGCAACCUGAACUUCUCCUGGCGGAAUGAGUGUAACCAGUGCAAGGCCCCGAAACCAGAGGACGCAGGAGGGGCCCCCCCGCUGGAAAGAGGAGGCCACGGAGGAGAGCGCCGAGGAGGCUUCGAUCGGGGGGGCUUCAGGGGCCGAGGCAGCGACCGGGGGGGCUUCAGGGGGGCCCGGGGAGGCGACCGGGGAGGAUACGGCCCUGGCAAGAUGGACACAAGGGGGGACCACAGACAGGAGCGACGGGGCCGUCCCUACUGAGUCAUCCCUGGAGGACAAAGGACAGAAUGUCCCUGUCCUCCCCUUCAACACUCCCAUGUUCACUGUGACCCUCAGUGUAGAAACUUGUGACUGUCCCUGUUUGUUGUGUUCAUGUCCCUCGAUGUCUUCGCCUCGUCCACGUCCUCCUGCUCAGCGAGGCCUUGAUUACAAAACUCAGCAUCAAAUCCCACCGAUGUCUCUAAUCUGUUUUCAGGGUUUAAGAACCUGUCCGAUGACUCGUGUGGUUUCAUGAGCAGAGAAGAGAUCUGUCGUCUGAGUGAUUCAUGUUACCAAGCUGUGGAAAUUCAAACUCACAGGUUCUUUGUUCUUCAGACUCUGAAGGUUGCGUCACAGUGAACAUGUCUGAUCCGACACUUCCAUCGAACUUUGACUCGUCAAAUACAAAAGUUCCUUCUCAGGGAAGUGUUCAAGAAAUGUGAUCUAGUUUCAUUCAUUUAGUUCAAAACAUGUUUUUCUUUGGUCGGAACUAAAUUCAGACUCAAAUCUGAAUCCAAACUGAAAAGAUUCAACUUUGCAUCAAAAUCACAGCAAAUAAUUAAAAGGUUUUAUCAUCGUGAGUCGACUCUUUGAUUUAGUUUUUAGUCCAAGUCUCAGUGAGGAUUGUUUUCAUGUCGGUUUCUUACACCAGUCAACAGAUUAUCAUCUGAACAGUGAAUCUGCAGUUUGAGACGUUAAAGCAUGAAUCCAUCAUGAUCACUUAUUUAAGCUCCAAUAGAAAGAUGCUUUAUAGAUUUCAUCUCAUGAGAAACUCUCCUCUUCUGUUUUUAACACUCAGUGUUCCUUUUUAUUUAUUAAUUUGUUUGCGUAUAUAUUUAUUUAUUUUUUACAUUACAACAGGUCACAUGACUUCCUGUUUUCAUUUCUGAGUCCAGAUCUCAUUGGAUAUUUCCGAUGCUCUAAACUUCUGAAUACUGAGAUGUUUGAAACGAGGCCUCGUCUCUCCGUCGUGUUUCACAGGUUUUUGUUGAGACUGAACUUGUUUUAAUAUGAAAGUUGUUUUGUAUCGUACAUGUGCUGGUUUUCAAAAGAAAGUGUUGAUUAAAGCAAACAAUGAA